UUUAAAUUGGUACACAAUAGUCAACAAAAAAGAACAAGGAGAGAUUGGGAUUAAAAACAAUGGAAGGAGGAGGAAGAAGAGUAUACAAUAAUUACGAUCUACAACAAGUGACAUCGUCGUCGACGACGAUUCAAGAGAAUAUGAAUUUCCUCGUUCCUUUUGAAGAAACCAAUGUCUUAACCUUUUUCUCUGCUUCUUCUUCUUCCUCUUCUCUCUCUUCUCCUUCUUUCCCCAUUCACAACUCUUCCUCCACUACUACUACUCAUGCACCUCUAGGGUUUUCUAAUAAUCUUCAGGGUGGAGGACCCUUGGGAUCAAAGGUGGUUAAUGAUGAUCAGGAGAAUUUUAGAGGUGGAACUAACACUGAUGCUCAUUCUAAUUCUUGGUGGAGAUCAAAUAGUGGCAGUGGGGAUAUGAAGAACAAAGUGAAGAUAAGGAGGAAACUAAGAGAGCCAAGAUUCUGUUUCCAAACAAAAAGCGAUGUUGAUGUUCUUGACGAUGGCUACAAAUGGCGUAAAUAUGGUCAGAAAGUCGUCAAGAACAGCCUUCACCCCAGGAGUUAUUACAGAUGCACACACAACAACUGUAGGGUGAAGAAGAGAGUGGAGCGACUAUCGGAAGAUUGUAGAAUGGUGAUUACUACUUACGAAGGUCGUCACAACCACAUUCCCUCUGAUGACUCCACUUCUCCUGACCAUGAUUGUCUCUCUUCCUUUUAACCUCUCUUUCUAUAUAUCUAUAUAUAGACAGAUAUAUCUGUGCACAUAUAGAUGUGUGAUAUAUUGCAUGUGUUUUUCUAGAGUAUGUCAUAAGUCAUCAGAUGUUAUGCAUAUCUUCUUGACUUGUUGCUUACAUACAUAUAGUAUACAUAUGUAAUAAUAUAUAUUGACAUUGGUU